UUGUCUGGGUACUCUGUAACUUGUCAGACUCGCUGUUUAUUUGGUUUCCUUGAACGUUAUCCCAGAUGGGUUGUUUUUUUUCCGUUUUCUGGGAUCUUUUUUUAACAUUCCCUGACUGCUCGGACCGCGCUUGACGGCUCUCGGCUUCUGCUUUCGGCAGCGAACGGUAACGUUUCGUGAGCUCCUGGGUCUGUAGCAAAGAUCUUUUGGUCUGUGCUCAGUGCAGAGAGCAGCCAAUUCCACAACACCUCUGGGAGUUGUGCUGAAUUCAGGAAAUGGGGAGGUCACGCCGACAGGAGUUUAUAAAAGUCGGGCAGUGAGGGGAAGGGUAACUCUUUCGUCGGCCGUGCGUGGGAGCCUACAAGCGACUGAUCCACGGUCUCUCUCGCUCUUCAAGUUCCGAGCGAGGAGCUUGUAUCGAAUUAUUAUACGGUAUCGAAUCAGGAAUUUACCUCCUUGUGCGCGCUCUGGUGGAGUAACUCUCCCGACUGCUGUUAAUCGCUGCCAAAACUCUCUUUUUCACUCUCUUUCACACACGCGAAGAGAGGAGGGGAGGGAGGAAAGAGAGGGAAAAGGGGAAAAAAGUAGUGGACAACACUGGAACACUUCUGGGAGUGCGGCGAGGAUUAUUUACCGGCUGGAGGAUGCAGCAGCGAUCGCGGAGAACAGACGCCACCGGGAUAAUUUAAACAACACUUUCUCCCAGCAAGAAAACAAAAAAGACCGGACACGUUGGAAGCUGGGAUUGAGGCAACUCAUUUGUGUUGUUGUUGUUGAACAAGGAUUGCAAGAAUGGAGAGGACUUGGUAGGCUGGAAACCACAAGUCUGUCUACUGCUUAUUCUCUCGCCGUGGAGUGGUUUGGAAGAGGGGUUUCUCUGGGAUUACACACCCGGAAUGAUGCCUGCAGAGUGAGAGUGGCUGGAUCGAGGGGUUGCCAGCUCCCCACGGCAGGAUGACAACGGGCAGUGUGUUUCUACAGUGAGAGGGGGUGGCGGAUGGCUGACGGCUGAGGCUCCCUCCUCUCUCUCUCUCCCCCUCUCUCUCUCUCUCUCCACCCCCCAUCCCCCCUCUUUCUCUCUCUCCCCCUACUCCCCCACCCCUAGCCACCCCCUCCGCUUCUCCGGCCAUGCGAGGGAUACUGAGACCAACUAUCCGGACAAUGCAGAAGGGAACGGGCGGCUGCGUUUGGGCUGCCCUCCUGUCUAUAACGGCCCUGAUCCGUGGCCAGGAACUCAGUCCUAGCGGUAGGAAUGUAUGCAGGACACAAGGAUCUUCUGCCCCUAUGUGUUGCCCUGGGUGGAAGCAACAGCAUCAAGAAUGCCCUAUAGCUCUCUGUCAGGGCAACUUCACCUGCAAAACGAAAGAAAUCUGUGUCAGACCCAACCAGUGCCGCUGUAGACAUGGAUAUUUUGGAGCCAACUGCGACACCAAGUGUCCUGAACGAUUUUGGGGACCAGACUGCAAGGAGAUGUGCCUGUGUCACCCAAAUGGCCGCUGUGCAGACGCGACGGGCAAAUGCACCUGCAACCCCAACCGCUGGGGACCCACCUGCAACAAAAUGUGCCCUUGCCACAACGGGAAAUGCGACCAGGACACGGGCAAGUGCAAGUGUGACCCCCACCGCUGGGGAACCACCUGCUCCAACAUCUGCUACUGCAGCACCAACUCCCAGUGCGACCCGAAGACGGGCAAGUGCAUCUGCCAGCCCGGUUGGUGGGGUCGGUCGUGCUACAGCCAGUGCCCCUGCAACAACUCGCCGUGCGACCAGAUACAGGGGAGGUGCCAGUGCAAGGAGAGGUUCUGGGGACCAAGGUGCGAGCGGUGCCAGUGCACCCACGGGAAGUGCAACCCCAUCAAUGGAUCCUGCGGCUGCUAUCCAGGCUACAGGGGCAAGUACUGUUCGGAACCCUGCCCCGCCGGAUCCUAUGGCCAUGGGUGCAGAAGGAGGUGCGGCCAGUGCAAGGAUCGCCACCUGUGUACUAUCGUUGAUGGCCGCUGCCGGGCCUGCCAGCCGGGAUGGAACGGAACCAGAUGUGAUAAGAUAUGUUCGACCGGUUUCUACGGGGACGGGUGCGGGCAGCAGUGCCCCCGUUGCAAGGAUGGGCACUCCUGUAACCACAUCACUGGGAGGUGCCAGCACUGUAACCCGGGCUGGAUCGGAGCACAGUGCGAGGUGAAGUGCCAGAAUGGUACCUACGGGGAGAACUGCAACUCAGUCUGCAUGGAUUGCUUCAAUGGGACCUGCCACUUUGUAACAGGAGAAUGCAUUUGCCACAAAGGUUUCCAUGGCCUCUCCUGCAACAUGACUUGUCCCUCGGGACUCUACGGAGCCAACUGUGUCCACCCAUGCCCCUGCAUCGAGGCCAACUGUGACCCAGUCUACGGCACCUGCAUUCUUGGUUCCAAUGGGCGAGUUGGAGUGAUCGCAGCCGGCUGUCUGAUACUGUUCCUGUUACUCCUGCUCCUGCUGUUCUCGUGCUGCUACUGCCUCUGUCACAAGAAGAAUCAAGGAAAUGAUUCGAACCAGGUCACCACUAUCAGAGGCAAGCAGGCACGGCGGCGUCUACGUGGCACCAUCAGUCAGAUCAGCACCAAGCUGCCAAGAAUUCCCAUUAAACGGCAGAAAUUCCCCAAGGUUGUAGUGGCCCAUCACGACAUGGAAAACACCCUAAACUGUAGCUUCAUUGAACCGCCUUCCAUGAUGGAUCAGCCUUCCCCCUCUUGGUCUUCCCACGGCUCCUUCUCUUCAUUCGACACAGCAGACGAUGGCCCCGUGUACUGUGUACCUCACGAGGAGAGCAUGGUGGAGAUCGGCGUGCGUGAGAAGGUGACCGCCAUGGAGAAAGCGGCCGCCCCGAUCAGCGAGGAGGAUGCCGGAGAGUACACAUGUUUGAAGGGCGAUCCCGGCGACAUGCUGCUGCUGAAACUGUCCGACAGCGAAGCCUCCAGCAACGGCUCUGGAUCCACCAGCGGCGGGGCGGUUUACGCCAGGGUGGCCCGGCUGUCCAAACAGUCCAAGGACAGCGACAUCAGCACCAACACCAGCAGCAGCCGGGACAACACCAACAUGUGCGGCAAACAGCCGUCCCCCGAGCGGACCAAGCCUCCCCCUCCCGACCCUUCCACCAAGCCCAAGUUAUCCUGGAUCCACGGCAAGUUCAGCGCCGGCCAACCCAACCCGAGGUCUCCGACUCUGGAGAAGGCAGUCCCUCACGCCGAGGUCCACCACGUCCCUCCUGAAGGCAGGAGGAGGAACCUGAGCGAGUCCUCGGCCGUUGUCUGCGGCCGGCCAGAGGAUAAGAGGAGAGAGUCGGCGGAGGUCAAGCUGAGACGGAAGGACAGAGGGCAAGAGCGGCCCCGGGAACAGGAGCCCAGCAGCAGGGCUCAGAGGAGCAGAACCAGCCCAGAGCAGCUUCCCAAUCUCAACGGUGGCGUGCAGAGCCCGUCCAAGAGAGGCGGACCUCCUCCUCCUCCUCUCCCCGGCGACAAGAAGCCCUGCGAGGGGAGAGAGUCUCAGAGGAGCCCGCCGAGGGCCAAGGGGCGGCCGGAGGUGGUUCACCCACACCUCUCCCCAGAGGCGGUCACCAUGUUGGCGGCUCAGCUCAAGGAGAAGACCCAGAGCCUGAACAAGACGGAGGGCAGCGCCAGGCAGAACGGGCUGAGCCCGGCUCACCAGCAUCAGCACCACCAGCAGCAGCGGGAGAAACCCACACCCCCGCAGAAAGCCAAGCGCUCCUUCGGUGCCAACAGCCCGCGGGCGGUCAUCCCCACCACCAGCAACCUCCAGAAGAUGAUCAGCCCGUCUCCGGAGCGGCAGCAGGCAGCGGGUGGCAGUGCCAGCCUGUCUGCCCUGGAUCGCUGCAGCUUGCCCGAGCGACACAGUGUCAACUGCUCUCCCCAAGUCAUGCAGGAGAAAGCGGGUGAGCAGCAGACGCCCAAACGGACGCCCAUUCAAAAACCUCCCAGGAAACGCGGCAAAGACUCCACGUUGGAGUCCCACGUAAAGUCUCCCGCCCCUUCCCCCCCAGAACUGGCCGUGAGGGAGUCAUAACUGACCGACCGUGUCUCGCCAAAGUGUAAAAGCAGGGCUUACACCCAAGGAGCUGCGCGGCUGUGGCAGGAAACAGCGGCGGUCCAAACGGGAGUGAAAGCUAAAUGACUUAACUUCUAAUAUAUGUACCUGAAUGUGUCUUCCCCUUAGUUUUCCCCACACCCUGAAGGUCGAACGUUAACCAAAGGUGCCAAAGUGAAUGAAAUGACACUGACCAAAGAAUCUUUCCCAUGACCUUAUUGGAGACUGUUGAUCAGCAAUGGUAGAGUGAGAUGCUUUUUUCUUUAGAGCGAAUCUUCCUUCGUCUGGACGACUUUUUGUGACAUUAUAAUCGUCUGUCAAUUUUGCAUUAGUGAAGCUUUGUCCCCCAAAGGAGCAUGUCAACUCCUUGUGUUAUUUUAUUCUGUGUCGGCUUUUGUAUUUUACUCUUUUACAGUUCUCCAGUGACCAAAACAAAAUGAAUGGUUUAAGGGUCCAAGCCUGGGAGAU